AUGCGCCGCCUCCAGCCCGCUCUGUGGGCCCUCCUCGUCGCGGCGACCGGCUGGGUGAUGGGCUCCGUGGAGCUGACGCAGGCGCUCAUGACGACGGCGGGCGGGCGCUUUGAGACGGCGAGCGGGCUGCGCUCGAGCGCGUUUCUGGUCUCGUUUGGGCUGUCCAAGGCCGCGAGUAACCUGGUGGUCGGCUGGCUGGCGGACCGCGCUGGCCGCCGCACAGCCAUGGCCGUCGGCUGGCUCGCCGGCGCAGCUGUCGCCCCGAUGAUCCACUUUGCACAGGCGUGGGAGGUGGUCGUGGCGUCGGACGUCCUGCUCGGCAUCCAGCAGUCCUUCUGCUGGUCGGCUGGCAUCUUCGCCAUGCUCGACCUGCUCGGGCCGAGCAGGCGCGGGCUCGCCAUUGGCCUGCUCGAGACGCUCGGCUACAUCGCCAUCGCAGCCUCGCGCUCGGCCAUCGCCGCCGCCGGAGGGUCGUGCGGCGAGGACCUCGCGCUCGGGCUCGCCGGCGGCGUGUGCGUCGCCGGCGCGCUCGUCUCCGCCGCCUGCCUGCGCGAGACAAAUCGGCCGCCGCCACCCGCCGCGCCCGCAAGCCCUGCGCACGACUCCGUCCACCUGGCGGCAGACGGCUCGGCCGGCGGCGCGAGGGGCGGAUGCUGCUCGGCGAGCGCGGCGGCGCUUGCGGCGUGCUGCGUGGCGGGCUGCACGCUCAACUUCGGCACUGCCUUCGCGUGGGGCGCCAUGACUCGCUGGCUCACCAGCCGAGAGUGCGGCGGCGGGACCUGCGCCGCCGCCGCCGGCGCGGGGCAGCUUCCUGCGGGCGCCGCCGCGGACCGGAGGCUUCCUUGCGGCGCGGGCGAGGAGGGGCGGGCGGAGAGGCCGCCGCUGAGCGGCGCCGCCGUCGGUGCGGCGGCGGGCCUCACCUCGCUGCUCGGCCUGGGCACCGCCCUAGCGUACGCCAACUUGCAGGCGUGCGCCGCGCCGCUCGUGCCGCCCCACCGCUCCUCCUCCGCCAUCGGCGCCGUGCGGUGCGUGCGAGACUUGGGCUACGCCGUCGGAGGCGUCGCCCUCGGCGCGGUGAGCGAUUUGUCGGGCCGGCCUUGGGCGGCGCCAGCCCUCGGGGCGGUGGCGGCGGCAGUGGCCGCCGCCCUGUUUGAGGGCGCGCGUGGGCGUGCGAUCGCCGCCGAGAAGGCGGCGGGCGGGCGCGAGGGCGUUGCGCGAGCGGCAGCGGCGGAGGAGACGUGA